AUGCAGAAGCAGCUGGAGACUCUACAAAGGAUUGUUUCUACUCUAGCAAACAAAAAUGACGAAAUUCACAACUUCAUUGACAUGCUGAACCAUACAAUAAAAAAUGUUCAGGUAAACUCUUCUAAUGCAAUCACUGAGUUGGAUGAAGAAUUUGAUGGUCUGUAUUCUAUACUGGAUGAGAUGAAGGGGAGCAUGGCCAACACUAUUCAGCAAGAAGAAGCUCGUAAAAUUCAAACUCUGCAGGAUCAGCUUAGCCAGUGUAGUAAUGCCCUAGAGAGUUCUGAAGAGUUACUGGAACUCGCUGCGCAGUCGCUGGACAUAAAGGACCCUGUGAAUUUCAUAAAGGCUGCCAGACAGAUCAAAGAUAGAGUCACAAUGGCUUCAGCAUUCCGCAUCUCUCUGAAACCAAAGGUCAGUGAUAGUAUGACUCAUUUGAUGGUGGACUUCGCUUUGGAAAGGCGCAUGCUCCAGGCUGUAAAGUUUUUGCCAGUCCCUAAAGCCCCAGAGAUAGAUCUAGCAGCAUGUCUGGUUGCUGAUAACUGCGUAACAGUAUCGUGGAGAGUGCCUGAAGAAGACAGCAGAAUUGAUCAUUUUACACUGGAGUAUAGGAAAACCAACUUUGAUGGGCUUCCUCGAGUAAAAGAUGAACAGCAUUGGGAACUGAUAGACUAUAUUAAAGCUACUGAAUAUACAUUAUCAGGUCUGAAAUUUGAUACAAAAUACAUGAACCUUAGAGUACAAGCUUGCAACAGAGCUGUGGCAGGGGAAUACUCUGAUCCUGUGACUCUGGAAACCAAAGCAUUUGUGUUCAGUUUGGACAGUACUUCAUCUCAUAUGAACUUGAAAGUUGAAGAUACAUAUGUUGAAUGGGAUCCUACUGGAGGUAAAUGCCAAGAGAAAAUAAAAGGGAAGGAAAAUAAAAGCAGUGGCCAGAAUCCUCUGCUGAAGAGCAAUAGAAGAAGUGGUGCACCGUCUCCAAAGAGGACAUCUUUUAGCACAAGAUCCACAGUGAGGGGCAACAGAGAUCGUUUUACUGGUGAAUCAUACACAGUGUUGG